AUGGGUUCUGGAACCGAAGAAAACUUUAAGCAAAAUCUGACGAUUUCGAAUAGCAGCGAAAAUGAAACUGAAAUAUACAAAGAAUUGUCUCAAGACCAAUCCAUCCAGCUGGAAGACUAUACUGCAGUAUUGUGGCAAAAACCAACUUGGACGGUGCCAUGCGGCUUAUGUGGCUGCCUUCUUCCUUCUGAAAAUGACAGUCAUGUGAAACGUUACUACGAAGCCCUCCAACACACGCUAUCUGAAACAGGACUCCCGGAAACGAUUGAUAUGACCAGAGAAGCGAAAAAAGUAACGCGUGAUCAAGUGACCAUCGGAAUACUAUCGUCUCCAGUUGAAUGUAUGAGUAUUCUAUUGUCAGGUGGCGAACAAUGUCCAGGCGACAUGCUUCUUAUUCUAUCUCACAGUUGGUGUAGAAAACUACCAUCGCCUAGUUUGGCAAAUAAAUAUUCGCUCUAUGUACACCAGGCUGUGACAUUUCACAAAGGUGGUUAUUCAUUCUUGGAAAGAUACUCUCCUCCACGAAGAGUAACAUAUUUUGUAAACUUUUUCACGAAUGCAUGUACUGGAGGUGUAUGUUACGAAGAAUCGAAGUAUUUGGUGCGUAAUGAAAUCAACAAAUUCAUCACACAAAUCAAAGAUGCUUCUUUUAAUAAGCUGGUGGUGAAGCCAUCGGGUGUAUUAUGGUAUGGGAGCAAGUUCGUGUCUUUCCACGACAAGAUGGAUAUAGAAGGAAUUACAUCAGCUGUAGAAAAUGUCAUCCGUCACCUGGAAGAAAGAGACUCUGUUCUUGUUGAGGAAUACAUUCAAUUUGAACAGCCGCAACUCCAGCAACAAGAUGAUAGUAUGGACACCGUUCGAAUCAGAAGCACUGUUUGUCGAACUUCGAGCGAAAAACCCCAAACGACCAAAAUUACGUGUGGCAUUGGGAGUUCAGACCAGCCAGUCAACGGUGACAAUUCAGUUCCGCAUUCUUUAGAACUGUCACUAAAGAAAUUUGGUUUUUCGGACGUUCAAAUCAAGGAGAUUCGCAAAGAUAUUGAACUCCAGUCAGAAAAAACUAUGGCUUCUAUCAUCAAAAAUGAGAAGAACUUCAGUGAAGAGAAGCGCGGAGAAGUUGGUGCUCAAACUGACGUUAUCGGAAUCGACCUGAUUUUGAAGAAACAAGCUGAGAAAUACGAAGUGGUUGUGAUUGAGGUCAACAGUCAUGAUUGCAUGAUCAAUUGCCAAGUGUACGAGUUUAUGAACCCGAACACGUUGCACGAGGCAGCGACAGAACUAGUUCAGACGAUGAUCGCUCGAUCUAAUGCUUUCCUAAUGAAUGACAAAACCUUACUAAUAAUCGGGGCUGGCAGCUACAGUAAAUGGUUUAUCUUUGAAGAGGCAAUCAAGCUUGGAAUCAAAGUGGUUCUGGUUGAUACUGAUUUAGAUGAUUCCAUGCCGAAAGUCUCCGAAAUUGAUCGUGGCGUUUGUCUGCGACAACGGGCCUACGAGAGUACCAGACUUCGUCGAGACAGUGGCAGUGAUGCCAAGCAUUUUGGAUGA